UGUUUACAAUAUUGGCAUUGCAAUCUGUAUAGCUGUAUGUUUACGAAAUGAAUCAUUCGUGUUUCGUUUAAUUUUCGUUCUAUUUAUUUUCCACCGCACUUUAUUCAGGCUCCAAUGCCCACCGUUAUAUUAGUAACAGGCUAAUUACUGUGUCUUUGUUGUCGGUCUACGGUUAGUGCGUUUCAUUUACUCGGAUUUUCUAUUGAGAUCGGCACAAUGAUAUAGCCAAGCGGGCCUCCUUAGCAAAUUAUUUUUCUGCUCAGCACCCACCUAUUAAGCCUAUACCGCCAAGAUCAUGGAUCCAAGGGUUCAACCUACCAGCAAAUAUUUCCCAGUGGCGAUGAACGACAAUAACGAAGAACCUUAUCCUAGUCUUUCCGACUAUCAUGAUUAUGAACCUAAUUUAGAAUUUGAUGAUACUGAGCUUCAAAGUCCAUCCGCUGAUAUUGAUUUGGAAAAAUCACUAGCUAAUCUCAAUGGAACUGGCGGAACACUAGAUUAUAUGGAAUCUCCAGUUUCUGAUGGUACAAUUGAAGAAAAUUUCGAAGAAGAACUGGUAAAUGCUCCUCAACUUGUUGAAGGGAUUACUGCAUUGGACGAUAAAGAAACAGGAAAUCUAUUAGACGAAUUAGAAGCCGAUGAUGCAAAAGAAGAUGAAGAUUUCAGUGAUGUUGCCAAGUACGGUGUAGUUGAUGUGGUCGGGGAUGAUGCGGUCGGACGGAAAAUCAUUGUAGUAUCGGCUUGUAAAUUGCCAAGUAAUAAGGAGGUAGAUCACCCUAAACUUUUAAGGUAUUUAAUGUAUACUCUGGAUAAAUUUGUGGAACAAGAUUAUAGCUUGGUUUAUUUUCAUCACGGAUUAACAAGCAAAAAUAAACCAACAAUAUCGUGGCUAUGGCAAGCAUAUCGUGCAUUUGACCGAAAGUAUAAAAAAAAUCUAAAAGCUCUAUACUUGGUUCAUCCAACAAGUUUCAUCAAGGUAGUCUGGCAACUUUUCAAAGCAGUUAUCAGUGUAAAGUUUGGUAAGAAAAUAAUGUACGUCAAUCAUCUACAAGAACUUAAACAGUUCAUAGACUUAGAUCAACUAAACAUUCCUCUAUCUGUUUUAGAACAUGAUGAACAAUUGAUGAAAAAAUUAAACAAAGGCAGAGCGUCACAACAAAUAGAACUCGAAGAGGAAGAGAAACCCGAACCUUUGGCAACUCAACAAUUUGGUGUUUCAUUACAAUUUAUAAAAGCUAACAACAACGGCGAAAUAAUACCUCCCUUAGUACGUCAAUGUGUUGAAUACCUCAGCCAACCUGAUGCAUUGGAAACCGAAGGAUUAUUUAGAAGGUCUACAAAUAUAACUAAGGUGAGAGAUUUGCAAAAUCGUAUUAAUCUCGGUGAACCUGUCGACUUUGGAAAUGAUGUACAUCUAGCAGCUGUUUUACUAAAAUUGUUUUUAAGAGAACUAGAAGAGCCAUUAAUGACAUUUGAUUUAUUUGAUGAGAUUACUCAGUUUCAAACUCUUCUUAGGGAUGAACGCCCAAAAAAAGUAAAAGUUUUAAUGUUGGAAAAAUUACCUCUUGAUAAUUAUUAUCUACUCAAAUAUCUGAUACAAUUUUUGUCAAAAGUAAUGGAUAGAUGUGAUUUAAACAAAAUGACAUCAUCGAACCUAGCAGUAGUAUUUGGUCCAAAUUUAGUGCGUAGUCCUAGUAGUCAACUGUCUUUAGCUGCUAUUGGUCCAAUAAAUGCGUUCACUGAUUUUGUGCUUGUCAAUCAUGACCAAAUAUUUAUAAUAUAAACUAUUAACUAACAUUAAAAAUUAUAUUAGUAUUAUAGUGAUCAGCGUGGACCUUACUCCAAGAAGAAAUUAUUAAGUAUUGAGCAAUAAUAUUCCAAAAAAUGUCAAGCUUAAGAACUAUAGUAUUGUUAAAAGUAGGUAUUUCAAAAGUAUUAUUUUUCAUUAAUAUUAUAAAUAGAUAAUAUACUUUCACUAUAUUCACAGCUCAUUAUAUUUUUAAAAAACUGCAUUUUUUAAAUUUAAUAAUUUCUAAAAUUAAAACAU